UCCAGUUCAAGUUAGAAGAUUUUUUAGCUUCUGAACAACGCAUUUCGUCAAAGAUAUCUGGCAGCUCUGGCAAAAUUUAUGUUUGUUUUGUAUUAUUCUGUCAUACAGUUGGCAAAUAUUUUUUGCCUCAGAUUGAACAAAGGAUAUUCGAUAUUAUCAGUCAUGAUAGGUUCACUGAUAAAAAAUAAUACUUUGUUUAUAACGCAGUCAGCGCAACGGUUAUCGAGAAGUUAUUGUUCAAUUAAAAGCGUGUGUUGGAGUUGUAACAAACCUUUACCAAACGAUAGAAUUUUUUUUUGUGAAGUUUGCGGUUCACUUCAAAAAGUUGAACACCAGAAUUUCUUCAGACUGCUUGAUGUACCAAACACAUUUGUAGUCAAUGGAACAAUAUUGUCAGCUAAUUUUCGUCAACUGCAAAGCAUACUGCAUCCGGAUAAGUUCAGCCAAAAAUCGGAAGAGGAAAAGAUAAACUCUCUCGAGUGGAGUUCAUUGAUAAACAAAGCUUAUAAAACUCUAACUGACCCUUUAGAAAGAGCUAAGUAUAUUUUAAACCAAGAAGGUGUUUUGAUUGAUGAAGAAAAUACUUCUGUGGACCCAGAUUUUUUAUCAGAUAUGAUGGAUCUAAAUGAACAGGUAGAGGAAGCCGACAAUACUAUAAAGUUACAAGAGUUAGCUGAAUCCGUCAAAAGUGAUAUAAAUAAACUAUAUGGUACACUUCAUGAACAUUUUGCUAGAAAUAAUUUGGAUGAAGCUAAAGCAGCGUCUGUUAGACUAAAAUAUUUAUCAAAUAUCGAUAAUGUUAUAAAAGAAAAAAUAUUAAAAUAUAGUCUUGAGUAGUUAAUGGUAAUUAAUUAUGUUGCUUCUUAUAAAAAUUAACAUCUGA